UAAAAAAAAAGAACACUGGGUGGAUUUUUAUCAUUAUAGGGUGGUUGUGUACACACACUGCCAACACACAUUUCAGUUCAAACAGCUUGUAAAAGUGCAUGUAGCAUCUGAUGACCCCUUUAAGCAUUCUGAAACUUGUUUGAUGUUAAAGUGCUUAGCGCUGCAAAAAAUGUGUAAAAAUAAAUCUGCUGCAACGUGAGCAGAUCUACAGUUUUCAUUUCAUUUUCACAUUUCACUUUAAUCAUAUCAGCCAUAAUAGAUUUAUUUUAAUUGUGCAGUUGAUUUUAUUUAUUUAUUUAUUUUGCCCCUUUAUCUUAAAUUUGAGUGGAAUUUUGGUCCAUUUUGAUGGCAUUUUUGCCCCAAUCCCACUAUAAUUUCCGGCCCAAUUUUGUCUUUUUGUCCAGUUUUCAAAUAAAGGUCAAAUCAAAAUUUGUAAUGUUGCGAUUCACCUUACAGCUGCUUUGUUCAUGGCUUGUGAUUCUUUUUUUAACAGAGAUAAAUAAAUGUAAAAAAAAAAAAAAAAAAAAAAAAACUUUGGGAAAUAUGAAUGUGAAAAAUACUUCUGGAACCAAGGCCGCUGAAAAAGUGGGCAAACACUCUAUAUUAAACAAGAAAAAAAACAUAUCUCCUCGCUAUCUCUAGCUCUCAUCAGACUGGCGUUUGGAGGGGAAUGGUUAAUGGAAAUUAGUGUGCUUUCACCUUUAAUUAAUUGUUAGGCCUAAGUAAAGAAAGUGUUUACUUUGUAUUGCCAUACUAACAUUUUUAACUUUAUUGUAAACAGGUGCAGUAAUCUGCCAACAUCUAGGAGCCUUCCAUGGAUAGAUCCACAUUUAGCCAACAGGUGGAGAGCGUUGAGCGUAAUGUAGCAUUUUUGCAGCAGGAACACCGGAUCCUCCUUAGCGGUUUACGGCUAGAGAUCCGCAACCUGAAGAAACGAUGCAAUGAGUUGAGUUGUGAACUAAGUGAAAGACCACCAGUAAAAAGCCAAGAAGAUAUCGAACUGGAGGAAGAGCUUCUGCAGGCACGAUUACUGGAGACAGAGCAGCAUCUGGCUGAGCAGGAAAGCAUGCUGGUGGAGCUGCGGGCGGAGCUACGGAAAAAGGGGGCACUUGCUAGCGCACUGCAGGCUCGACUUCGAGAUGAAGAGCGGCGAUUCCUGGAGGAGCUAAAACGACGCAGUCAUAAGAUUACAACAUUGAGUCGUGACCUCCGCAAGCAGACUGACCUGGCCGCUCAGCUCUCCUUCCAACUGCAUUCAGCACAGUUUCGAUUGUAUCACCAGACAGAAGACUACGAGGAAGAGGAUGAAGAAGAAGAGGAUGAAGGAGGCACCAUGCAGGAAUCAGAAUGGACUGCAAAUUCUCCAUGGACAUCUCCAGUAACGGUGGAAAGUCCACGCCAAAGCCGAGCUUCAGGAAGGGUGCGGAGAUCAGAAAGAGUGAGGGAAUGCGUGCCCCGCGAAAGGGUGCUUGGGCCCGAAGAGGCGCGCCCCAUGCCUGACCCCGCCCUUUUCCUUUAUCCUUUCAGACAUAGGCUCCUCCCCUUGCACAGGUCACUUGGAGGUCACUGGAGAGAAGGUGGCCUUUCAAGGAUGCCAGAAGCUCGAAUAGGUAGAUUCAGAGACCGACCACUGAGGGAGGACAUUGGACCAGAGACAACUGAAUUAUAAAGAGCAACAGUGCCCUUUAUUCAAUGGCCUUGGUUCUGGAGGGAUUUUUCCCAUUCAUUUUUCCUACACAGUUUUUUUUAAAGGUGCUGUAUGCAAUUUUUUUUCACUGUACUAAAGCAUAAAAAUACCAUAAUAUGUUUGCAGGUAUUUAGGAAACACGCUAUGUUCACAUACUUGAUCCUCCAAAAAACAAAGCUACAGCCAGUUAUUCUGCUUUGAAAUGUGUGUCCUUUGUCGGAAUGUCUGUUUUUGUUUUGGUCUGUGUGAUUCCGCCCACUGCUAAUUUACCAAAUAGUAUUUCGACACACUUGGUUGCCAGUUAGCGGAAAAUUUACCAGUAUUGCAGCCAUGGAAGCGAGCAAACAAACUGGGUCAGAGAUUGCAGAUUCUACCCGAGCUAAAAAGCCUUGGCAUCCAAGCUCUAUGAACAGAGGCUUAUUAAACCAUAGAUAAGUCAAAUCAUCAGUUUACAGUGUAAGGGCUCGUUGCCCUCCAUUAUCAGUUGUGCUCAUUCCUGUUUCGUGUCCUCAGUCUGGCAACCUGCAAUCUUUUGAAUUUGGACCACAGUACCCAUGUCAACUGCCAGCUGUCAAUAUCACAUACUGCACCUUUAAAAAGUCUUUGUUUAAGAGAUAUAACCAACUUUGAGGUUUAUCACAAACAUUACAAAAUUUGAUUUUAAGCAAAGAAAGUGUUUGAAAAUCAGAUAAACACAAUGAUACAAAAGUGAAAUAAAUGUAUUCUCAUGAGACAUUGCAAAUGUCAUAAUCAAAAUUAAAAAUUAUGUAGAAAACUCACUCUGCAUCAUUCACAGUACUUCUUGGGAGUGGGCUUGUCGCAAUUCUCUGAUUGGUGGACUCUGAUUUUCUAAAUGUUGACUCAUGGGUAAUGUAGUUUUUCCCCAGGAAUUCUGGAAUUGGAGAAAAAACAAACAAAAAAACAAGUUCAAAUAAUGUGGGCUGGUGGCUUCAACAAAAACAUAUACCAUCGAUUAGUAACCUCAUAGCUUGAAGUAGGUCUGUCUUUAAAGGUUUAUAUGUUAUUGCUGAAAAUACAUUCCCCUAUGGAGAAAGUGAAUGGGAUUUUGACUUCCAGAACCUAAUUCUUGCAUUCUAGAAACUUCCUAGCUUGAAUGAUUCAAAGAUGUAAGGAAAGUUACAGAACACCUGAAACCUACAUUGUGAUUUUCCCUUUUUGAAAUGUGUCUUCUUUGUUGAAUCCAGAACACUCUAUAAACGAGUUUUCACUUUCCAAGUAGUCAUCAUUUGUGUCAAUGAAGUGAAUUAUUCUUAUCACAUUAGACACACUGUAGAAGAACAGGGAGAGCAGAUUCAGGUAAACAGGUGUAUUAUAUUGCUUUUGUGUUUUUGGUUUCUCUGUCUCUAUUGCAAAAGAAAUGUAUGAUGUAUUGAAUAGCCUAUAUAUGAAGUGAAACAUUGUUUAUUUAUUAAAUAUUACAAAAAUGGUUUGUA